AUGGAUGACGCCCGGGAAGGAGCAAAAGCUUUGAGCAGCUCGGACUACUCUGCUGCAAUCAAAUGCUACACCAAAGCCCUUACUGUUAACCCUCAUGCCUCAGAUUACUAUAUCAAGCGCUCAACUGCGUAUUCGCGAGUAAAGGCAGCAGAUGAAAGCUCUAAGCUAAAGGAAGCGUUGCACGAUGCUGAUAUGGCGGUUGCCCUCGGCAUUCAGCGAGCAAGACGAGAACAGAUCAUUGACGGACAGAUGAGGCGGGCCAUUGUGCUCUAUCAGUGUGAGCGUUACGGCGAUGCGCAGCAUAUCUUCCAGGUGAUACGUGGGAAGGUGGGACAGCAGGAUAAUGGCAGUAAGCAAGAUGCACUUGAUGCUGCAUUUGCUAGUCGUGGAAGUUCGGCAACCUCUCAGGACACGAAAACGAAGCAACAGCUCCAGAUAUGGGAAAUGAAGGUCAAAAGCCAGCUUGCAAAGAUUGAUCCCACUGACGAGAAGGCCAAGGUCACAGUUAAGGAGACACCAGACAUUGUAGUUCCAUCGCAGGACGAGUUGAGAGCGAUAUACCGUUCGCAGCUAGAAAGUGGUGCCGCUCUCACUUCAACUUCCAACGUACCAUCGGCUAAUAAGGAAACGAAGGAUAUACCUACUGGAACUAAAUCCGCGGAUGCAUCUGCCGCCUCUUUUACUCAAACUCCUGCAGCUACCCCGUCCACGACCCCAAGUAGGACAAGGCAUGAAUGGUAUCAAUCAAACGACAAUGUGGUCAUUACCAUUUAUGCGAAGGGGGUUCCUAAGGACAAGGCAGAUAUUGAUAUUCAAGAAACUUCGUUUUUAAUUUCAUUCCCCCUCCCUUCAGGCUCUGAAUUCUCAUUUGUCUUAGACCCUCUAUUCGCUCCAAUUGAUCCGUCCUCCUCAAAAUACAAUAUAAUGUCUACCAAAGUCGAAGUUACUUUGCGCAAACAAUCUGGCAGAAAAUGGGCGUCCUUAGAAGGCACUCCUUCGCAGGAAGCUAAGCCCUUACCUUUAGAUACCACGGUGCUGAAAGACGCCUCUAACUUACCGACACGACCCGUUGCAGCUGAGAAGGCCCCCGCAUACCCCACUUCCUCGAAAUCAGGACCAAAGGAUUGGGACAAAGUCGUGUCCAAUAUAGCGAAAAAAGAGAAAAAGACAAAGAAAAAGCCAGCAGAGGGUGAUUCAAAGGGAGAGGAGAAAGAAGAUGAUGUUGAUUCCGAUAUGUCAGACUACGGCUCAGGAGACGCAGUUGAUUCCUUCUUCAAAAAAUUAUAUGCCAACUCUGAUCCGGAUACAAGACGUGCGAUGACCAAGAGCUUUUACGAGAGCGAUGGUACCGCGUUGAACACAAAUUGGAGCGAGGUUGGAAAGGGUCGUGUCAAGGUGCAUCCGCCCUCUAAGGAUUAA